CUCAGCCACAUAUACACCAACCCGGCAGAAAGAGCCGAUCAAUCCGGAUCUCAAUAGAAGUUCAUAUCGAGCUGCACGUGCUGUACUCUCGUUACGGCCACCAUGAGCAGUCCGGCAAACAAAAGAUCACACUAUAUCCAAAAAGUCGAGGUUCACAGCCUUCAGAAUCUACCCUUCAAUAUUUCUAAGAUCAGCAUGGAUGUCAUCGCCGGAGGCAUCAUUCGCAGGUCGCCCACCUUCAAGACAUUUAAGAAGCAAAAAACCGGCCUUCUCUCAGAAACAAUUGAAAUUGUAGUCGACGUCUACGACGCUAUGCUCCUGACUUAUGAGGAGGCUAUUCGCGAAGAAGUCUUGAAGAAGCGAGACAAGCUUCACUGCGUUUACGACACGUUGUUCAAGCAGACCAUUGAAUGCUCCUAUUUCAUCAAAGGAUACGCGAACAAAAGUGUUACCGGACGGGUCCUCAGCCGCAAUCUCCUGGACAAGGCCAAAGAAUUUCACGAAGGGUUUACGGCAUUGCGCGACAAGCUUCAAUCUGGUAUCUCUACGGAGACGCCUGUUGUGACGCUCGGGAUUCGACAGCUAGUCGACGACCUGACAAGAACGGACUUAAACCGGAAUCUCCGUCCAUUGACCGAGUUCUGUCCAACAUCUACAUGCAUGAAGGGUACACGUGUCGAAACGAUCAAUGUCCUCAUGUCCUGGAUCGCGGACUGCAGCGGGGGUAUGUUGUGGUGCAGCGGCCUUGCCGGGACAGGGAAGAGCUCGCUCGCGGGAACGCUCCAUGAACUUCUCACCACGGGUGGGCGGAAUCGUCUCGGUGCCUACCUCCACUAUGAUCACCUUGGAUACUCCGACGCGUCGCAUCUCAUCACAAGUAUCGCUUACUCGUUGGGGAUGUAUGAUAACCGGAUCGGUACCUCCAUUUCAGGGGUGAUCCGAAGAAAUAGUGCUCUUCUGUCAAUGUCAACAGCUUCUGCGAGUGAGCAGUUUCGCGCACUCCUUCAAGAGCCCUUAGAGAGACUCCCGGACUUGGUCAACGAGGGGCCAUUGAUUGUCAUGAUUGAUGGUAUCGACGAAAGUGAUGCGUCUAAAGAGUUGCUCGCCGUUUUAUCCAAAGGAUUCGGUCUGAGACUGCCUUUCAUACGACUCCUUGUGUUCAGUCGCUCCACUGAAACCAUAUUCCAAGCAUUCAGUGCACCAAAUUCAGCUGUCACUACAAUUGUUUUGAACACCACCUCGGAGGAAAUUAGCCAUGAUAUCAGAUUUUUCAUUGGCUAUCAUUUCUCCGACAUAUUUGCCAACCUAUCAGCACGAAAUGGAUCUAAUGACUUGCAGGAAUUCUGCGAAAUGUUCCAUGCAGUCGAUGGUCUCACUGAACGAGCGAGCGGUUUAUUGAUCUGGGCUGCUACCGCAUGCAGAUUCAUUCGCGAAAGUCCUAGUACCUCUAGGUUAUUCGCACUGCUGGAUAUUUCAGCUUCUGUGGACACCCUCACAUUUCUCUAUCGCACGAUCCUGGAUACUAUCGUGUCCGAAACCGACGACCACGUUGUUACCACGCAGUCCAUACGUGCUGUCCUGGGUGCUUUGGUCGUAAAAACACCAGAAGGGAUGACCGCCAGGGCCCUUGAUACCCUUGUUCUCCUUCCUGAAGACACUCCGGCACGCAGUAUUUUGGCGAGGUUGGGCAGUGUUAUACAUGAGACAUCGACAGGAUAUCAUCAGUUCUUCCACUCAUCUUUCUAUGACUUCCUACAGAACCGGUCGCAGUGCGGCGAUCAAUGGUACAUCGACGUCAAUGAGUACAAAGACCGGCUUCACAAGCGCCGGUGGGAAGUGCUGAAAACAAUGAGGUCUGGAACCUCCGGUGAUCUUUCUUCCUUGCUAUAAGCUGGUUAGAAAUUCUUUUCUUCUGUCGUUACAAAUCUCAAUUAGCACGGUUUCGUGGGCAACACGAUUUACUUUGACAGCUGGUCUGAUAUCCACGGUCACGGUGAAAUGCUAAAAGACACUUUCUAGUGUUGCCUAUGUAGCGAUUGUGUGCACCCAGAUUCGAAUGUCUGCCUUCGAUACUCAAAAGAUAGCGUCCUUAGUACAUUUGGUCCUGAAAUCAGAUCAGCGGAGUCAACAAUUCCCGAUAAGACUUCUGUUUACGUAUACUGGAGGCCUCAACUACUACGCGAGGCAUCGUGGUACCCAAUCA